AUGUCCAUCCUGGAGCUUACUGUCACUGCUCCGCGACUGCAAGCCUACGGAAAGGACUGGCAGUUGGCUGUACCCGGCAGCUACAAACCUCAACGUCCCCUUAUUCGCAUGGCCGGAGUCAAGAAUUGCCUUACCGUGAUGACCUCAAAACAGCAUCCACGUCGACUGACUAUCUUGGGUUCAAACGGCCAAAACUAUGUCUUCCUAUUAAAGGGUCAUGAGGACACACGGCAGGAUGAACGAAUCAUGCAAUUCUUCGGAUUGGUCAACACCCUUCUCAUGAGUGAGCCGGAAACACUCCGUCGGAAUCUGACGUACGCACCUGUCCUAUCGUCCCAAUCUUUUGCCAAUUUC